AUUGUAAUAUAUUCUCUUUUCAAAUUAAUAUGUGAUAAAUUGUGAUGACACAAUUUGAUUGAUGCUCGUUAAGAAACGACUCUGAACUUUGGUCUGGUUAUUUGUCAUUUUUGGUAACUUCCAAAUAUUGGUCACUUUUUUGGAGAAGGAAUGAAAAAGGUCCUUGCCUCUUGUCUUCAUUUUUCAAAAGUCGUUUUUUAACUAAAUCAUCUCCAUCAAUUUAUGGUUGGAUGAUGGUUUAAAUAAUUUCUUUCACUGGAUUGUGAGAAUGUGCGUUAAUAUUAUUUCUCUGAAUCCGAAUAUGUCUUGUGGUGAUUGGAACCUCAUGUACCUGUUAUAAGGGUCCACCGACGGGCUUGAUACAAUCCCGUUCCCACGUACCGGAGUGGUAAUUCCUGUCCUGUUUGUUCUAAAAGCUAUUUACCUACGGUUGAUGUCUUGUUCUGAAGGUAUUUUACACUGUUACCUCCAUGUUUUGGUUCUUAGCCUCACUAUGCUGCCGUCAUUCAUCCAGUCUGGAGACACCUAUGAGAGAAUCACAGUAGUACCAAGGGACAUGGACUAAGUCUCAACUGUAUCCACCAAUUGCUCUAUCACAUGUGUUAGAUGAGCCCAGGGAACGGGACCAUUUUGAUGGAAUUUUUAGAAAGAACAGAAUAAAAUUUUGUUCCUCUCGCCAGUUGAAUGUAGAUAGAUUCAGUGUUGUCAACCAUAUAAAAGACUCGAGAAAUCUGAGAUAAGAUCUCCUGGCUCAAAUUCAGAUCCUACCAUGGACUCUCAAGAUAUCCAGAUUUGUACCCAACUGAACACCUGGGACAUAUAAACGGUAGAAGAUUGAGAUACAAUCAAAAAAAUCAAUAGGGCUCAAAUCCGGACUAUAAAGUGGCCAGUUAACAUUUCCAUUAUUGCCUGUCCAUAUAGGAAAUGCAUUCUUUGAAUAAUUCUGUACGAAUAAGGAGGUGUUCUAUCCUACAUCCAAAUCAUAUGAUCAAGCUGUGGUCCCAAAACAAGCUGAUGAAUGGAAAGAAAUCGAAAAUAAAUUUCCUCAGCGUUGGAAUUUUCCUAGAUGUUUUGGUGCAAACGAAGGAAAACACGUUAUCGUCAAGAGGCCGCCGUGUUCCGGUUCAGUUUAUUUCAAUUAUAAAAAAACCUACAGUAUAAUAUUAUUUGCUAUGGUUGAUGCUGAUUACUGUUUUAUUUACAUAGACAUAGGUGCAAAUGAACGAGCAAGCGAUAGUGCAAUAUUUAGAGAUAGUACGUUGAACAUUGCAAUGAAAAACAAGACUAUUGGCUUGCCUGAAUAUGGAGUUAUUAUUGGAGAUAAUGCUUUCUCUUUGAGGACAAAUUUCAUGAAACUGUACAUUAAAAUAGGUCUUAGUGUUGCCGAAAAAAUAUUUAAUUAUCGUCUUUCCCGUGCCAGACGAAUCGUAGAAAAUGCCUUUUGCAUACUAGAAUGGCGAUUCAGAAUAUUUUCGAGACCGAUUGAUUUGGCGCCGGAAAACAAUAGAUAAAGUCAUUUGGGCUGCUUGUUGUCUUCAUAACUGGCUAAGAAUGACUGAUCCUGGUAACUACAUGCCACAACAAGCAGUAGAUGGAAAGACUUGAAUACCGGAAAUAUCACACCUGGACUUUGGAGGGAAAAUGCUAAUAAUAUGUAGCCUAUUAAUCAUUUACGUGGAAAUCAUCACAGUCGAUCUGCUGAGGAGAUCAGAAGAGCAUAUGUUACCCAUUUUACAGAUGAAAUUCUCUUGCCGUGGCAGUGGGAGAAAGCUGGAAUAACGGUCUAGUAUCUAGUUUUUUAAUAUAACAACUAAAAUACUCAGGUGGUUUGAUUUGCUCCUUCGUGUGACCACAACCUCUGCUAAAAAUUUCGCUACAUUGAACAAUACCAACGUUGGCGUGUAUACUUCCUCAGUACCACAUUCACUUUUCUUGGAUUUUUUAAUUUCAUUUAUUUCUUGCCUGUAUACGUCUUCAAUUGAUUUUAUUUUUGCUUUUAAUUGCUUCACAUUCAUACCCUCGGUCAAUUGUUUUUCGUCAAUUUUAACUAAAGGAUUUUUGAAACUUUCAUACUUUUGUGUUACAGUAGUCUUUGUUUUUUAUAUUCCAUAAAAUUGGGUACUGCUUGUAGAUGUUGAGAAACUCUAUUAUAUCACGAGUGUUCCACUUCAUGCACAAAACAACACGUGGUUUUAACUCGCCCGCUAGUUCGCUACUGAGCGAGUAGAAAGAUUUUCGUGUCAUCGACACUCGCUGGCUUUUAAACUCGUCGACUAGCAGCUUGUAAACUAGCCCUGUAUCAUCGAGGCUUAAGGGACAAAAAUAUUAUAAUCUUACAAACAUAACAAAAUUAUUUUAAAUUUUUGAUAUACAUAAUACAUUCAAAUUAAUAGUCUUCAGCCCAUGAAACCCGAAUCCAUAAUUCUAAGUUUUCGAUGAUAUUGGGUUGCUGAUCAGUAUUGUGAGUCUGCUCACUUUCAUCCGAUUUUGGAAUGUCUACGUCGUUCUCAUUGAGCCAUUCGACAUCAUGGUGCUCUAAAUUUUGAAUACUAUACAUCAGUUCAUUAGCAAGACGAACUGCGACUCUUACAGGUCUAACUUUCAGUGUGCAUGUUUCUUUUUUUAUGGAUCUUCUCGAUGUGACCAUUUAAUGACUUGACGGAAGCAUGAUAAAGACCACACGUUUUGCGUGUUCGACUUUAUAGCCUCAAUUUGACCGUCGGACAAAAAUAAUUGUAUGGCAUUCGCAGGAAAUAUUUGAGUGAAGCACUUAAGCGUAGAGUUAAAUUGACUGGAAGAUCAAGAAAUUGCCCUCCUUCAUCCAAAACCAAGUCAUCAACUGUUUGUUUUAUUUUUACAGUUGGUGGAAGAAACCUAUUGUCUAGUAAUCUGAAUAGGCCACUACUUGGACGACAGCAUUUUGUUUUACAAUUUGAAGCAAAUAUUGGCUUUCACGCACAUGUUCUGAAUAUCAUUUAAUGUCUGGAAAAUCAGGAACAGUAGAUGAACUAAGCUUUCCACUUGUGUAUGUAUAUUGGUCCAGAAUAUCCAAUAGCUUGCAGUUGUCCUAGCAUAUUGGAAGUGAUUUUGAUAUCAGCAUAAACAGAUAGUAUUAAUUUAUGACGCUCAGCGAUUUCCCAAUCUUAGUCAGGCAAUUUGAUUCUAUAUUCCAUGUGCAUUAGAAGAGGUGCUAAGUAGUUUAGCCCGAAUAAGCUUAACAGGGACUGUCGAUACAUGUCUUCGUCCCUAUACAGAAUUAGAUUUUCUGGGAAUUAAACGAAGGUCUGUCCCACUGCGACUAAUGUCAAAUUCUAUUUUACGUAAUUUUUCUGUGAGUUCAUCAAGAGUUUUUACGCUGCGAAUAGAUUCCGUUCAUCUUCUAUUAUCUGUUGUAAUCUCAAAUAAAAAUGUAUUCGCAAUUCUCUCCAAUAGUGAUGGUUGAUUGCAUUCACGAUUAGGAUGUCGCACUGAAUCCCUCUAGUUCUUUUUUAAUAUUUCUAGAUUUUCAUGACAAAUAUCUUCCAACUUUCUUUUCAUACCAUCCCGUGCUUCUUCUGGGCAACUGCGUUUGGAAUCUUUCUGAUUAAAGACUGUUUUGCUGUUUUUAUUUCAUCGCGCAAUUUGAUGAUCUGUUUAUCAACUUCAGCACGGCUGGCAUAGUAUCUCUGGCAGAAUACAAAGCGUUCAGAUUUUUUUCGAGUAAUCUUAUUUUUCAUAGCUUCCUGAGGAGGUUUUGCUCUCUGUUUAUCUGCAUUAUUAUUAUUUUUGCAUUGCUGUUGAUGUGAUUAAUUACUGAUUAUUUUAUCCUCUUCCUGUUUUUUAAUAUUUGAAGCUUGCUGAAUAAUUUGUGUUUUUUCUGUAGGUUUACAGAUAGUCGUCUAAUAUUUCUACUACUCAUAGGUACCUAAAAUGAUUUCGUCACUCACCUUGGAAAAAAAUGUAGUAGAUUGGAUUAGAUACACUAAUAUCUAGUUCUUUAUCGAACUUUGCUUGUAAUUUAUAAUUUCGCCACACUUGUUUACAACUUUUGUACAUUUUGUACUUUCGUACUUUUUAAGAGAUUUUUUAAAACUUUCAAACAAUUUUUGGUAUAACUUGGAUUUGUCUAUUUAAAACGAUAUCUUAUUUAAAUGUUAAACUUUGGAUAAUGGAAUCAACGGUGACACAAAUGAAUCGCUGGGUGCAGAAACAACGUCAGUCACAAAUUUCAAAUUUUUCAGGAGGGAGAAAAAACGUAAUAACUCCUUCAAAUUUUCAAAUAUUUGAUAACUUUUUUUCCUUUGUCAUAAGAUGCUUUUAUGUUGCUGUUAUAAAAAAAUUACCUAAUUUCCACAUAAAUUAGGCUCAGGAGAAUUAAAACUAUGAUUUUGACUAAUGCUGUCUCUGCACUCAACUGUUUUUACAGACAGUAGGAAACUUGGAAAAAGAUAACCAUUCGUUAAAUAAAACUAAUAUAUUUUGAAAUCUAUUGAUUAAAUUUCUACUAAAUAAAGAUGGAUGAAUACUGUAACUUUUCCUCUACCAAAUCAAGUAAAAAUAAUACCAUAACUAUUGGUUAUUAUUUUACAAUCAAUUAUUUUCUAGAAUAAGUGCGGUGUUACAACUUACCUCGAGCUUGGGCAAGUUGUAACAUCUACCGAGGCAAGUAGUAACGACAAAAAAAACGACAAUAAUACCUCUAAUCAUUUAUUCUUUGUUUUUUUUUUAAAUUGACAUCUUUCUAAAGUAAGUAUUACGUAAUUCUUAUCAAAAAUCAACUCAAAUACAUUUUUUUAGUAAUUCAGCCUUCAUCUGAGUUACAAUUAAUACAAAUAAAAGGUAUAAUGUCUCCUGUAACACAUCCUACAUGUGCCCACAUCUUACAAAUGAUACACUCUAUCCAACUUCUUUAUUUGUAUCUGUGUAAGCUUCACCACAUACCAGACAAUACCACUCUUCUGCUUCAGAUUCUGAAUUUGAACAUAAAAUCUUUUUUUUAGCUCUGUCCACUCCGGUUUUAUUAUUUGUUGAUUUACCUUUUCCCUUUCCCUUCCCCUUUCCCUUCCCUUUUCCUUUAAUUUUGUCAUCUUUUUUUCUGUUUUUUUUCAUCUUUUCCUCAUAUUCUUUUUGUAGAGCUUCCUUUUCAGGAGUGUCCGUCAAUACUGUAGAUUUUCUUUUGCGUCUGCUGUUUGUAUUAGUUUUUCUUGGUGGCGCCUUUGAAUAGUGCGGGGUAAUUCCUAUCGGUUUUAAAGCGAUUGCUUACACGUAUGCAUUAUUUGCGGGAAUCCCCGAAAAUACAUUUCGUUUUCAAGCAUAGUCAAUGUGAGGCUUGCUAUUCGUACAAAAAAGUAAAUAACUACUGAUGACGUAAUCAUCAUUUAGACUCCCCUACCCCCAUGUCAUCCGAAAUAAGCAAAACAAAGACCCCCUCACCUCCUAUAGUGCUUACGUAAUACUUUAGCGGCUCCUGUCUCCAAAAUAAUUUUCCCAACACACUUCUUUGACAAAACUGAAAUUAACUCGUUCGGGAGAAUGAUUGUUAUUAAAUGCAUCAACUAAAAUUCAAAAGUUAAUAUGAUUCUCCGCAUAUAAAUUAAAUCUUAUCUCAUAAUUUUAUAUUUUUGAUAAUAGUUUCAACUUUGUUCGUCACUAUUAUAACUUUCUGUUGGAUUCCAAAUAGCAGAAAUAAAAAGGCAAUGAAUACAUCUUGAUGAAGGAUAGUUGAAGAUGGCUUAGUUAAAAAAUUACAGAAACAAUAGUUUAUGGGGUUGUUCCAACAUAAUCCUCCUUAAAUACUUUCCAAAGUAUUUUUGAACAAUUAAAUUUCAAAAUGGACAUAUGUGGAAGAAUCAACGUUACUAAACGCAUCAACAAAAAAUUUAAUAGUUGAUGUGAUUCUUCUCACUUUAAUUAGAUCUGCAGCUGUUUUUCUUAUUGAUAAUUUUCCUUCCAACACGUCAAAUAUCGCAGAAAUUUCAUCGAUUGAAGUUCUCUUCGUUUAAAUGUUCGAACGAUUUUUCUAUAAAGAAAAUAAAAAUAUAUGUUUUACAUUCCCAUACAUUCAAAAAAAUAUUGGGGCAUAUUGAUACGUAUCAAUGUGCCCCUGUCUACUAUAAUCGAAAUAAAUAUUUUAUGGAAAAUUAACGCAAUAAAUGAUCAAAAAAAUUUAAAUCUAUAAAAUGUAAUGAUAGUUGUGUAUUUACCAAAUGUCCCAAUAUAUCAUAGGAAACACUAAAUAAAUUAGAAGAAUCACAUCAGAAAAUUUUGUUGCGAACUUCAGAAACAGGUUUACAUGUACCAGCAGCUAGUCUUCGAGUUUAUUAAGAGAGAUAUAAGCCUCAUUGAGACUAAAAAAUUUUUACAAUUUUAUGAACAAAGCUAUAGGACAGGGGUUGCCAAUUGUUUGUAUUGAAUUUAAGUUACAUAUUUAUUUUACUUCUUUUGAUUUUUUAAAAUUUGGUGAAUAAUUUGUGAAAGCACUUCUCAAUAAUUCUUUCAGAUGCUGGUUAGUUAAUACUGAUCGGUGUUUGGAUUUCAAGAAUUUUAAAGUAGAAUAAAAUGAUUUCACAUAAGUACGUUGUUCCGAAUAUUGAAAUAAUUCGAUAAGCAGCCUUUUUUAAUUCGGGAUACUUCGAUUCUGGUACAAAUUUCCAAAAUUCAGUAAUCGGCGUCGACUUAUAUUUUAAUUGUAGAGCUUGAUCUUCUUGCAUCUCUACUAAUUCUAAUUCUCCAGAUGUUUUUUGGGUCAUAAUUAUAUUGGAAAUGGUGAACUGGAUAUGGAUUCAGAAAUAACUCAAAAGAAGAUUUCAAAAUUUUCAAGUCUCAAAAUCUGUUUUGGAAUUCCUUCAAUAUUCCUUCUAGCUGUUUAAUAUACUCGUUGAGUGUUUCUUGUUUGCACUCUUAGAUAUGUCCUUUUGCGAGUACUCGGACUAUUAUUUUAUCUACUUAUCUGACUACUCGGAAUUUUUUUUCUUUGGGAUUUAUUUUAUGGUUAAGGAACUAAAGAAGAAAAUACUAACCAACUGUUCUGGAAGAGCUAAUAAAAGGGAGAAAAGUAAAAUAUCUACUAUUAGUAAAUCUUUAAAAAUACACAGUGGCAGGCAACUAAGAAAACUGCAGCAGAAUCAUAAUCUUUCUCAAGCGGGCUUGAUGCUUUGAGAUAAAUCACGUCAAGUGAGCACCCCAAUUUCUAACCCAAGCAAAUGUCAUAAAAUAAUUAUUUCAAUCGCAUCUAUCCGCAAACACAAAGAUAGAAAAGAUAGUAUUUCAACGUAAUUAUUUGUUUAAAUAUUUUUUUAUAUGCAACAAAGAUUUAUGACUUUUUUUAGACAAUAAUCAAUUGUUCUCGAACUACUGAAUGUUUUGACAUGAAAAAUGAUGUGCAUAUCUAUGAAAUAUCGCCCACUCAUAUAAAAAAUAUUGCGAUGUGUUAUUAACAAUUUUUCAGUAUUUUUAAUAACUUUUUUAUAAACAAUUGAUAUUUUUAUUAGCUUCUCAAUGCUCUAAUCGCCCAGGCUUUCGGUGAUAUCUAGAAUAAUUAUUUAAGAACGAGAAUAUGAAAAAAAAUUUCACUGCCCGCCAUAAGUUUGCUCGGAAAAUAAAUAAUUCCAAAGCCGCCCGGCUGAUUUUUUUUUCUUAUCAAUUUUCACGACUACAUUAUUCGUAGUUUUAUUGUCAUCCGAAAACACUUUGCACGCUAGCUUUCCUGCAUCUGUGGGCUUGUAGCAGUGAUAUUGGCGCGUAUUCUUGAUUGUUACGUCUUCUUCAUAUCUUGACUUCAUCUUUUCAUUAUGACUGUCAUGCUCUUGUUGAGUACAAAAAUCGAAACUGAUUUUUUUGAAAAAAGUACAAGCCCAUUCAUACAAAGCUUUUGGAGUUGUUAUAUGUCUACUGUUAUCGCGCUGCAAGCUACAUGUAUACGCAUGUUUUUUCACGGAUCCUCCUAUACCGUCGCAAGCGCCCUUACCGUGAGAAGUAGCAAAAAAGUGCCAUUCAGCCUCAACUCCGAAAUCAGCUUUAUGUCUGAGUAGAUUUAUAAAAUCAAAUUUAUUCUUAUAUUGUGAUCCUGCACCAUCCGAAAAAUAUAUAAUUUUUUUAACGUUGUCUUUUCCAAAUUUUUUUUUGCAAAAAUUCAACCAACUUUCCAUUGAAUAAAUGCACGAAAUCAGCGUCGUGCGUUAUUUUUUCGGAAACCAUUACAUAAUUUAUGUUUUUUGUUUUACCAUUUUCGUUGUAAUAAUAGAUAACAUACGGAUGUAAUGUUGCCUGGUUAUUAGUCCAAUGCUGCGAUUGCACAGCGUUUUGUACAUGAAAGGUAUAGUUCAUGGCAAAAUCUAAAGCGACUACGAAAACGUCUGCAGCAGCCGAUUCUUUUUGUUUAACAAAAUAACUCGCUUGUGACUUAGCUAUAAAAUCAUGUCUCAAUAACUCGGGCCAAUCUUGUUUUAUUGAAUCUAUAAACUGAAUUGUACUCUCUGUUUUUUCAAUAAUUUCGCAUCUAAAAAUAAAAAAAAAUUGAUGCAGCAAGGAUCUUUUAUGAAAGAAAAGAAAUUUUACAUAAUCUCUCUAUUUAUUACCUGUCGGUACUUGUCCACUGGCUGUAGGUAAUCUCUUCAAUCUUGUGUUCAUGCAAAAGCUCUUUCGUGUUAUCGAGCGUGUUAUUUUUACGAUAUUCACGUUACAAUGUACAAAAUACCUUACCUUCCUAACGAAAGGGCUUAUAAAAAAACUUAUUCUAUAUGACUUAAUUACUAAAAUUGAAGUAAAAAACUUGUUGCACUGCACUUUACGCUAGGUAUGAAACGAUCGUGCGUUCAAAACACUGCAGACGUUCGACUCGCCGAGAGCUAUAGCCUACUAAGCCCGCAAUCGCGCUUGCAUUUGUCGACUGAUGAAAACAAAUGAAAAUCGGACAGUGGAAUGUCCGUUUCGAAGUAUUUUGGAAUAGCAGACUCGAGAGCAGACUGCUAGAAACAACUUAUUACUAAGAAACGAUAAGAAAAACAAAAAAUCACGCGAAUCUGCGUAAGUCACUUGAAUUGGCGCGCUAGAUCUUUUUACUUUAUUCAAUGUACGAUCGAUAUGUGUGCAUAUUAUGAAUUGAAUAAAUAAUAUAAUGAAUACUGCGUUGUUUGAUUGCUGAAUACUCUUCAAUCUUCAAAAUAGAAGUUGUUUUAAUCGAAAGCGCACGCAAAAAAUAAAGUAACGAACACUCGCCGUGCAGCCGGACGGCCGGGCGGCUUUGCAAUUAUUUAUUUUCCGAGCAAACUUAUGGCGGGCAAACUUUUUUUUCAUAUUCUCGUUCUUAAAUAGUUCUGUACCUCAGAGGGAUACAACACUAUGUCAUUUUCAUAACUUUACAGGAGUAGAUGAGCAACAUAUGUCUGACUACAGAAAUAGGGAAAACCGUGUGUUAGAGAGAGAACAGCGAGACAAUGUGUAAGAGAGAGAGAGAGACUUCGUUUUUGCGCAUGCGUAAAGUUAUAUAUUCGUUGCGAUGAUAACAGCGGGAGCGCUGAUAUACCAAGUCGGUUAAAAGUCUUUGGGUUUUAAAAAAUUAUAUAUACCAUUAUUAUUCGCUAAUCUUGUAACAUAAAAGUAUAACGUAUAAAUAAAAAGAGAUUUUUUGUCAAUGUAAGGUAUCACGCACGUAAUCGAGACAGAUUCGUUGCGAUGAUAACAGCGGGAGCGCUGAUAUACCAGGUCGGUUAAAAGUCUUUGGGUUUUAAAAAAUUAUAUAUACCAUUAUUAUUCGCUAAUCUUGUAACAUAAAAGUAUAACGUAUAAAUAAAAAGAGAUUUUUUGUCAAUGUAAGGUAUCACGCACGUAAUCGAAACAGAUUCGUUGCGAUGAUAACAGCGGGAGCGCUAAUCUUGUAAUAUAAAAAUCUGCGGUUAACUGAUAGCGUCUUAUUACUGAAAUACAGUUAAAAGUAACGUAUACCGGGUGACUUAAAAGUAACAUAAAAAAAACAACAAUAACAAUAAUAAUUAUUUAUUUAAAUCAUUGAUAACUUUAACUUUAUAAAAGUAUACAAAUUCUCUAAGAGCAUUGUGUAACAUAUCGUUUGGUGUAAUAGAACAAAAUGCGUAUAAAAUUUGUAAAGGACUUUCGGAGAAGGUAUUUUUACAGAAAUCCAAAACAUUAUAAUAAUAUUCACAAAAAUUUAAAUUUUCUAACACAGAUAUACGUUGUAUAAUUAAAUUAUUUAAUUCUAAAAUUUGCCAUACUUCUUCUUCAUCCAUGUAAUACUCAACACCAUGUUUCUUGACUAAAAUUACCUUACUGUCAUCGUAAUUCAAUGGGGUGAUGGUACAGUAAUCUCCACAUGGUAAUGAAUCAGGUUUGAACUCGUCUCCGGUAUGAAAGAUCUGUUGUGACAUAAUUGAGAUAAAGGUAUUCCAUUCAUGAGUACUGAAAGAUAUUUUGCUGAACUUAAGAUGUUGAGAUAAGAUAACAGCAGGUGUGAAUGAUCUUGCAGGACUUAUUCCACAUUUUACUUCAUACCCCGAAAUUGGAUACUGUGUUGAAAGCAGGUAAAUGUUUUCAGACUUGACAGCAGUCUCAUAGUUUUCCAAUAUUCUAUCUAACUCUGAACUGUAGUUACUCGAAUCAGAUUCGAUGUCGACAAUACCACUAUCUUGGGAACUCAUGUUGCUAACUGGGUUUGAUAUCCAAAGCUCACUCCAAUUUAUAGAGCUCUUUCAAGGUUUUUAGCGCGGCGAACCGGAAAAAAAAAUCUAUACAAUAUCAAUAUUUUCUAUCCAACUGUUGUGUUUGCUAUCCAAACCAAGCCACUUGACGUAAUCUCCUCUCCGGUCUUCGUUUUUAGUGGGCGUGUCCACACAAACUUUGAAAAACAAUCAAUGACGACCAGUAUCAUUUUAUGAUUCCUAUUUUGUGAUGCAAAAUUCCUCAUCUCCGCAAGAUCCAUUUGCCAAAGAUCGUCAAGACCCUUAAUAAUAGUGCGUCUCCGAGGAAAUUUUUUCCGUAUCGGUUUGUGGAGUUCGACUACAAGAUGAAUUUUUUCGUUAGAAUACAUAUUAUGACGUACUACCAGCUAGCUUCAGCUCCAGACUGUUAAUGCGGUUAACGGUAUUCGUAUUCAUAACCUUAAUAUUGUUUACAAUGCCCGAAACGUUAGUUUUCAUAUCAGAGACGGAUCUGAUAUUUUCUGUAAUUUCUUUUUGUAACUCACGUAUGCUCUCAACACACAUGUUAAUAGAAGCAGUGAAUUCUUUUCGAAUAAAUAUUUUGGCUGCAACAAUUGAAUCGUCAACGUAUUUCUUCGUAGCCAUAUCCCUAGCUGCUACAGGGGGAUUUCGCGAAAUAAAUGUAUCAAUUUCGUUAGUUUCAUUUUGUAAGUUAGUAAUGUGCGCCUGUAAUAUGGGGAUUUUCGUCUUAUGAAGCUCAUUUCUCAUUUCGUUCAAUCCUACAGCUAAAUCCUUUAUAUCACGGUCUUGUUGCUGCAGCACCACACCAUGUGCUUGAAUUAAUGGCGAGUUGAUAGCACGUAGGUCAUUCAACUGCACAUCAACUUAUUUUUUUGUUGCAGCAUCACUAUUUGUUGUCGGUUCCUUAACAUUACAAAUUUUCAUAUUUUCAAUAUCAAUAUUACCGUUCUGUGUAUGAGGAAACGUAAUUUUCACUGGUAAACGCGCAUAGGGCGUUUGAUGUCUAUGUCCGAAUUUAUCGACUGGCAUAAUUAAAAUGAACAAGUUUCAACUUGUAUUAUUCUAUUAUAUCAGCCUCCUUGAGUUCAUUGAUAAUUGCUACUAUUUCGUUGUCGUGUGAUGUAUUACCUGCCUGUUUUGAAGCAAUCAACAACUUCAAACGUUCCACCAAUUCAUUCGCAUCAUCCCAAUAAAUAUACUCCAUAGGUUUAUCAUUAUAUCUUAAACGAUCGAUGCCUUUUCCUUUUGCUGAAGGAAUCGAUUUUAGACGAGUCAAUACCUGCGACGAUCUAUUCGUCGUCAUUAGAGAUUUUGUUUUGAAUAAAGGUUUUAUGAUGUAGUGAUAUUUUUCAGUACUUGACCCCUUAAGACGAUCUAACGUGUCUAAAUGAACUUCAGUUGUUGUCAAAAGAUUUUUAUAGUUCUGUAAAUCUUGAUCAUUGUAACUGGGGUCUCGGUAAAAUAGAAGCUCAUACAAGCCUGGUGUUCCAAUUACAUAUCUUCCUCCUUUGUUUUUCUCAGGUAGUAUGUUUAUAUUACCGGUUUUUCCAUCAAAUGCAAUUCGACGUUUGCCUAAUGACCAACCGAUUUCAUCGUUGUAUAUCGGACCAUAAUUUUUAUCAAUUUUAUCAUCUUUUUGGAAGUAAUCUUCAAUGAACUGAUGACUGAUGGCUGGAUAUUGGUCCAAAUAGUCUGCGAAAGCUUCCUGGGAAAUUUCGGGGCGCAUCUCUUCUGGAGAUUCAGAACGUGUAAUAUUUCCUCUUUUGGAUUUAAAUUUGUAAUCGUUUUUUGUAAUGUCUUUGAGGAUUGCACAAUUUCUUCAAGUGGUUUAGAUAUCGGCUUGAAUAGUUUAUUAAUAGACUCAUCUUGCUCUGAUUUACCUAAUUUCAACGACAAGUAUUUUUUGCGAAUCGAUCUGGCAAGUUCGGACACUUUUUUCUUGCGCAAUGCAUUAGCAACCUUAUCGUCAGACAUUUUGGUAUGGACUAAAGAUGCAGCUUACAAUUUUAUAUAUUUAUCGAAUCCUUUGCGAUAAGUAGUCAUAGAGGCGGUUCAGGCAGACAUCCGGUCCAGCCGCUCUGACCGCAGCGCUAACCGCAAGUCGAAAGCAGUGAUAACAGCGUUUACUUUACUACGUGUAAACCUUCUAAUUAAGAUACAUUAAUUAAUCAAUUUAUUUAAUUAAACAAUUUAAUUGCGGUGGAACUGAAAGUUUUAGACUUUUGUGUUUGAAGGAUUUUGAUAAUUUUAGCAAAAAAUGUUACGAAUCACCUAUUAUAUAAUUUUGCAUACAAGGUGGUAAAAAGUUUUUAGAAAUUAUGUAGUAAUAGUUGAUACAAUAUUUUUUCGAAAAAAAUAUUCCGAGACCUUCCUUGGCUAUAAUUUGAUUUUCUUGAUCAUACACUAAAAAGGCGUAAAUGAAAACGUACAAUGAAUAGUCCGUUUCCACAUCACCUAGGCGGUAGGACUAACGAUGCGCUGUAUUUAAUCUUUAACGUGGCAAAUACAUCCCCAGUAGGCCUACGAACCACUAGUUAUUGCUGAAUCAUGUCUAGACUUUGCAGCAUCUUUUCAUGGCUCUUCAUGAGUAGCAUCUUUUAAUGGCUCUUAUAAAUUAAUGACUCUUAGAUAAACUAAGCUAUCACUAAUUGGUGGCAUCUUUUCUUGACUACUAUUUGUUGGCGUCUUUUUGUGACUGUUUUAAUGAGUAUAAAUGUAGAGUAGCAUCUUUUAAUGGCUCUUAUAAAUUAAUGACUCUUAGAUAAACUAAGCUAUCACUAAUUGGUGGCAUCUUUUCUUGACUACUAUUUGUUGGCAUCUUUUUGUGGCUGAGUCUCCGAGAUGAUUCAGCAACAUAUCUUUUAAUCAUUAUAAAUGUAAACUUAUAAGGGCCCCCGCAGACUGCAGACUUUUUAUCGGCCGAUAGUUUAGUCGGGUUGGGCUGAAAGUGCGCACACCGAGCCAACUAAACAGUUUGGUUGGUGAACAGGGCGCAGACUAUCCAACAGUCGGCCGACUAUUCUCGAACUAGUUUGUAACGGACUGUUGAAGCGGUCACACAAUAUGAAAAUGUUGUCCAGAAAAAUUAUUGCUCUCAUCAUACUCCGAAGGAGGAUAAUCAAGAAGAGAUUGCGAGAGCAUUGGGUGCAUCCCAUUCUCAGUGACAGAUUAGUUAGUGGAAAAUUUUACACUAUGCAUUCCAAAUUACUUGAUUACCCGAAAAAAUUUUUCGCCUAUUAUCGAAUGAGCAUUACCAGCUUCAAUGAACUUGUCAAGCUAAUUGGACCAGCAAUAGCGAAGGAGGAUACAAAUUUAAGACUUUCUAUACCUGUGGAGGAGAGAUUGAGCGUUACGAUAAGAUAUCUGGCUACAGGAGCUAGUUUCAAUACAUUAUCUUUUGAUUAUCUGAUGGGAGCUUCUACAAUACGAGAUAUUACUAAAACUACAUGUGAGCAAAUAUGGAAUAUACUUCAACCAUUGUAUAUGUCAACCAAAGAAGAAGGCGACUGGAUUAAAAUCGCAGACGAAUUCUAUAGUCGCACAAACUUUCCAAACAUCAUUGGAGCAAUUGAUGGCAAACAUAUACGGAUGAUACAGCCAGAACAUUCCGGUUCAUCAUAUUUUAACUACAAAAAGUUUUUUUCGUGCGUGUUAAUGGCUUGGACAGACGCAGAUUAUAAAUUUGUAUAUAUAGACGUUGGUUCUUAUGGAACAGCUAGUGAUUCGGAAAUAUUUAAAUCAUCAGAAAUGGGUAAACGGCUGUCCCAAAACCGAUUAAAUAUUCCCUCCGGAAGGCAAUUGCCUAAUGAUAAUGUCGGAGAUGUUAUUCCAUUCUCUGUCGUAGGGGAUGAAGCGUUUGGACUUGGCAAUCAUAUACUACGUCCUUAUGCAAAAAGAAAUUUAAACUACACCAAACGAAUUUUCAACUAUAGACAUACAAGAGCUCGACGAAUGGUUGAGUGUACUUUUGGGAUUCUUGCUAACAAAUGGCGUAUAUUUCACCGACCAAUGGAUGUCAAUAUCAAUUUUUGUGUCAAAAUAAUUAAAGCUUGCUGUGUCCUGCAUAAUUAUGUAAGAAUCAAAGAUGGAAUAAAUUUCACAGAAACUCUCUACAAUUGUCCCAUGAAUAACUUAACUAUAAAUGAAGACAACCGAGGAAGAAAUAAUAUGAAUAACGUGCGACAGUACAUGUCGUCAUACUUUAUUUCUCCCGGAGGCGCGAUUCCGUGUCAAUAUAACAAAGUGUAAUAAUUGUAAAUAGAUAAAUAAAUAAAUAAAUAAAAAUUCACAUAAG